ACGGGCGUUGGCGGGCGGCGCGCGCUGGCAGAGCCGUUCCUGGGCAUGGCGCUGCGCGCGUUUGUCGACGCGUCGGUGGGCGUGCCGGCGCCGGCGCGGUUCCGGCGGCGCGCGCUGACGCCGCUGGCAGUGUUCCUGCCGGUGCUGGUGGCGCUGGUGGACGGCGGCAGCGGCGAGUGCGAUGCAGACCUGGAUUCUGAUGCCGACACCCCGGACGCGCCGCCCGAUACCGUCGACCUGUGGCGCGCGUUCUGGUUCCACGUGGUGGCUCGUGGGUACCUGGCAGACGCUGCGCACGUGGCAGCGUACGGCACGGCAUUUGCGGCACUGGCGGCCAAGGCGCCGGCGCUGGUGCACGCAUCGUCGGUCAACUACCUGGAGACUGAGCUGGCGUUCAGCUCGGUGUUGCAGCGCGAUGCCAGCGCCAGCGACGCCAGCGUAGUGCGGCUGCGCGGCGCGCUCACAGCGCUGCUGCCAGCCACGUUGCACCCGGCUGUGCGCUCGCUGGGCUUUGCGCAGGCAGCGUUCCUGCUGUCGGUGCACGCGGUCGAGACUCUGCGCGCGCAGUCGGCCGGAAACUGCGCGCGCAUGCUGCGGUACUUUGCGAAUGCCGCCGUGGCGUCGUCGGCGCUGCUGCUGCCGGCCGUCGAGGCCGUUGCCGACCUGGUGGUGGCCGCUUAUGUGCGUGAGACAACGACCCGCCGCUGGGCCAUUGACAGCGCCCCGCCGCCGGCGGACGCCGCGGCCGGUCGCGUUAAGGCGCAGGUGCGCGAGCUGAUGGUCGCCGCCUGCCACCACUUGGAGCUGGUCAGCCGGUGGGCGCAGCGCUUUGCCGACCGCAUUCUGCUUGCCUUCCCGCAGGCGCUGCUGGACACAUCCGUGAUUGGCACGCUGCUGGAGCUGGUGCAGCUUGUGUGGAAGAGCUGCCGCGCUGCGCAAGACGACCAGUUUGUGCCGGUGUACUGGUUCACGUCACGCACGCUGGGCAUUACGCUGCAGCUGCCGGACUCCAUCGCGUACCGCAAGACGCUGUUUGCACGCGUGUCCGAGUGCGCGCGCCGCUGGCUGGAGCUGGCCGGCCGUGCUGCGCCAAUGGAGCUCGAGACGCUGCUGCUGGCAUACCUGGCUGCGCCCAGCGACGAUGACCUUAACUGCGAGCCGCAUGUUGGUCACGCUCUGGCGCUGGAGGUCGGUAAUGCCAUUCGCUAUGGGCUGUCGCCGGCUGAGGACGCCGCCGAUGUGCUUACGCCUAAUGCGUCGCCGUUCACGUACCGCCUGGGGCUGCGCAGCUACCUGCGCGGCCACACACGCCGCGGCGAGGACCUCGCCGAGAUCAAGCGCGAGCUGGCCGCCGUGUACGCGCAGGCCGUGGUGGGCCGGGCCGACACUGUCGGUUUGCCGCAGCCGGACAUGCGGUCAAUCACAAGCCGGCUGCACCAGGCGACGCACUCGGUUGUAGCAGCCGCAUCCGUCGACCGCGAGCUCGUUCGGCUGCUCGUCUGGGUACCACUGACGCUGUUCGACGAGAGCAUGAUGCGCGCAGCCAUGCACAUGUGGACGACGCUGAUUGUUGAGCGGCCGGCUGUCGAAGUGCUGCUGAUGGUGGAGCUGACUGUGGCGUGGACGUGGCUGAUCCAGCAGCACCGCGGGUUGUUCGCCCAGCGCUUCGAGCCCAAAAACCCGUUUGCCGCGCGCAUGUCGUAUACGCCAUCGGACAAAUCCGCGCGCGCCCGCGCCCAUGCCUCUAUUGCCUGCGCGCUUACCCCGCAUUCGCUUCUGAUUGAGUUCAUCACUCAGCGGUUCGACUCCGUCAAGCACCUGCCGGACACGAACUUUAACGUUAUCAACGCUACACUACGCAUUCUGCAGGUGACUUUUGAUAAUGCCCCGAGGAUCACGACGAAUGCGCUGGCGCGCGCCCCGUUGUUUAUGCUUGUGCAGCUUGGGUUUAAGCUGCUGAACUUGGGCUUUGAGGCAAGUCCGAUUUUGGAGUGCACGCUGAGGCGAGGCUUGUACAGAUUGGCUUUCCGCUGGUUUGCGCUGCCGCCCAGGUGGAGCUUUAGCGGGAGCAAGGUGUCGCUGGCCAGGGAGAUCCGCAUUCUCAUCGACACAUGCAAUACGGUCAGUGCCGAUUUCCCGCUAGCCGCCCUGCCCACCACCCCCACCGGAACCGGCACCGCUGCUGCUACUGCUACUGCCGGUCCGGGCUUGGCCGUCGAUCCGGCAGUUUCGGCCAGCGUAACAUCGCUUGCCGACCCCGACGACGCAGCCCAGGCAGCGGCCGCGCCCAUCCUGGGAGUGUCCCGCGAGCAACUACGCCAACGCGCGCUAAGCAACCGGUCGCUACUGCUGCUGCUCUUAGAGAACGAGAUCAGUCGCAUGGCCACCUGGGCCAACCCAACCAGCCAACCACUGGACUACUUCCCAGACACCUCGCGGUUUACCCGCACAGCGGAGAUGUCAGAGAGCGGAUGGCAAAAUGUGGUUUUAGACGCGUGGGUCGCGGAUCCGGCACUGGCCGUGCAGCUGCUGCACCGCUUUUCGCACCCGAUUAUUCGUCGUGAACUCACUGGGCUUAUCUGUCGGUUCCCAGGCGAGCUUGUUGAUGAACCUGACGCGCUCCCGCUGCUUGUUGACCAGCUGCAAUACUCCUCAUCUUCUGCGGCUUCGACUGCCAGCGCAGCAACCGGUCUCGGUGGCACUGGCACUGGCGGCAUCAGUGCCCCGGCGGCAGCUAGCAGUUUGUUUGGCAACUUGGGCAGUGCGCUGACCUUCCGUGAGCAAAAGUUCCUCCUGUACUGGACACCCGUGCCGCCAAUCACAUCAACAGUAUACCUGGCGUCCAGCAAUUUUGCACGCAACCCAUUGGCGCUUCAGUACGCAAUGCGUGCGCUUGAGAGUUUUCCUGUCGAAGUCACCUUCUUCUACAUCCCGCAGCUCGUCCAGGCACUUCGGCACGAUACUCUGGGCUACGUUGAGCGUGCAAUCCUGUCCUCGGCGCAGAUCUCGCAGCAUUUCGCUCACCAGAUUAUCUGGAACAUGAACGCGAAUAUGUUCAAGGACGAGGAGUCCCUGCAGCCAGAUUCUCUGAAACCCGUGCUCGACCGGAUUGUCCAACGGAUUGUUAAUUCCUUGAGUGGCGAAGACAGGGUGUACUAUGAGAAGGAGUUUGCGUUUUUCGGAGAAGUUACGGGGAUUUCCGGCAAGCUCAAGCCGUUUAUUAAAAAGAGCAAGCCCGAGAAGAAGCGCAAGAUUGAUGAGGAGAUGAGGAAGAUUAAGGUGGAGCCUGGGGUUUACCUGCCGAGCAACCCGGAUGGUACCGUGGUGGAUAUUGAUUAUGAUAGUGGGAGGCCGCUGCAGAGUCAUGCGAAGGCGCCGUUUAUGGCUACUUUUAUUAUUAGUCGACCUAGGGAUGCUGCCAAUGACGAGGUGCAGGCGCUUUUGGAGGAGGAGGAGCGCACGGUUACGCCCUCGACAGAUAUCCCUGAUGACAACGAUGCCGAUGCGGCGGAGGCAAUACAGCUGCUGCCGGUUAUUGGGGGCUCGCCAUCGUUGGGUGCGCAGAUCGGCAUUGAGAUUGCAAGGCCUGAGGACGACAACCAAGCUGAUAAUGAUGCAGAGUCGGCGGCAACAGCAGCGGCAGCAACAGCUGUUUCUGAGCCUAUUGAUACUGGGUACUUGUCGUCCAAGCUAGCUAUGACCAGGAUUGAGGCGCGUCGGACUAUUAGCUCAGCCAUCAGUGAUGCCCCAGAUCUCAUUGGCAUUAUGUCCCAACAACAGCAGCAGCAUUCUGGAACCGGCAGUGGCCGGCCGAGUCGCGAGUAUUCUGCCAACAGGGCAUCCCGUCAGAUCUCGUCUGUCCUGCCAACAUCUUCUUCUUUGACGGAAUCUACCAACCACUACCGUGGAUCCACCGCUGAACAACUAUCUGCGAUGACCACAGAGAUUGCCCAAACAGAGGAUACUGCGAGGGAGACGGAGACAAAAAUAGAGAACAAGGGCCAGGUUAUUUCGCGACUCUCAGCGAUUUUCAAAGUCGGCGACGACUGCCGGCAGGACGUCCUGGCUUUGCAGCUGAUUGCUGUGUUUAAAAACAUCUUUACCUCCUGCGGACUCGACCUUUACCUGUACCCGUACCGAGUUGUAGCCACAGCACCCGGCUGCGGCGUCAUCGACGUCAUCCCAAAUUCUAUUUCGCGGGACCAAAUGGGCCGCGAAAAAGUUAAUUCCCUCAGUGACUACUUUGCCACACGCUACCACGGUGUGGACUCCAUUCAGUAUCAACAGGCACGCAGUAACUUUGUACAGUCUCUCGCAGCAUACUCUGUGCUCUCGUAUCUUUUACAGUUCAAGGACCGGCAUAACGGCAAUAUCAUGUUGGACGACCAAGGACAUAUUGUGCAUAUUGAUUUCGGGUUUAUCUUGGAUAUUGCGCCUGGUGGGAUUAAUUUUGAGUCGGCGCCGUUUAAAUUAACUACGGAGUAUAUUCAGGUAAUGGGUGGAUCGGCAGAUGCUCAGCCUUAUAGGUUGUUCUGCGAGUUGUGUAUUAAGGCUUAUUUGGCUAGUCGACCAUAUGCGGAUAGGAUUAUUCAGAUUGUCUCAUUGAUGUUGGACUCGGGGUUGCCUUGCUUUAAGGGUGAGAGUACUUUGGUUAAGUUGAAGGGAAGGUUUCAGUUGGAGAAGAAUGAGAGGGAAGCGGCUGUGUUUAUGGCGGAGCGGAUUUCAGACUCGUAUGAGAAUAAGCGAACAGUGCUUUAUGAUCAGUUCCAGAAGGCUACCAAUGGGAUUCCUCACUGAAAAAAAGUAAUUAUCCUUUAUUUUUAUUUUUAUUUUACACUUACAAUUACCAAAUCCGACACAUUCAUAACGUUGGGGAAUAAAAAAGGUGGAGGAGUACAAGAUAUUGUGUAUUUAUAUUCCCCAAAGUACAUCUUUAAAAAAGGCAAUAUGUUAUCAAAAGUUGAAUAUUGGUGUAGAUGUGUUGCUGUUGGGAAAGAUAGAAAUAGC